GCCGGGGGGAGGGCGAGCAGCCAGGAGGGAUUGUAGGUUCUGCUGUUUGGUUGAUUAAGGGGGUCAGCGUGUGGAUGUGUCAUCGAGGUGGGCAGAGGAGGGAGGGCUGUGCGUGUCGUGGGGAGGAUAUAUAUGCUGGUGUGGUCGAUCCAGCGGAACCAAGCCUCGCUUCCGAGGGAGCCGGCCACCGACAGCUCUCAGCAUCCUGCUUCCUGCUCCUGCACCAUGAAAGUCCUGCUUUGCGACCUCCUGCUACUCAGCCUCUUCCCAGGGGUGUUCAGCAGUUGUCAAAGGGACUGCCUGGCCUGCCGGGAGAAGCUCCGCCCAGCCCUGGACAGCUUCAACCUGGAGGUGUGCAUCCUUGAGUGUGAAGAGAAGGUCUUCCCCAGCCCUCUGUGGACUCCAUGCACCAAGAUCAUGGCUAGGGGCUCCUGGCAGCUCAGCCCCGCUGACCCAGAGCAUGUGGUAACAGCUCUUUACCAGCCAAGAGCCUCUGAGAUGCAGCAUCUGAAGCGCAUACCCCGGGUCAGAAGCCUAUUCCAAGCGCAGGAAGAGACAGAGCCUGGCACAGAGGAGGCUGGUGACGUGGAGCAGAAGCAGUUGCAGAAGAGGUUUGGGGGCUUCACCGGGGCCCGGAAGUCGGCCCGAAAGUUUGCCCACCAGAAGCGUUUCAGUGAGUUUAUGAGGCAGUACCUGGUCCUGAGCAUGCAGUCCAGCCAGCGCCGGCGCACCCUGCACCAGAAUGGCGUCCAGGUGAUCCCCAAAACAGCAUGUGUCCAGCCCCAGACCUGCCGGCUGGGAAUCAAGAUUCCUUCAUUCCCAAGGCACUGAGCUCGCAGGCCCUGCAGACUUUGCCUCCAGAACCUCCCAUCUGGUCGUCUUCCCCACCCAUGGCAUGUUCCACCACUCCCCGUUGCUACAUCAGAGUGUAUUUUUGUAAUUCCUCCAGCGAACAUUUCAGUGGCCUCGUCUUGCCUUCUCACUCUCCCCUUCCCUCUUCCAGGGGCGGGUGAAAGGAAAAUGAAAUCAAGCCUGGGGUUUUGUCACUGCCAUAACUUGUUUGUAAAAGAGCUGUUCUUUUUGACUGUUUUAAACAACUAUUUCUCCAUUAAACUUCUACUGAGCAAAUGGUUAAUAAAUUGGUUUGUUUUUGUU